UUGGAAGCGAAUUUUAAUGAUCACGAUUAAUCGUCGCUGAUCUGAAUGCCGGCCGGUAAUCUGCAUAUAAGCAGAUGUUAACAAUAACGACCCAGAGUGGUUGCUAGCGGACAAUUUGCCCCAGCGACGGUUGCUCCCGUCCCGAGUCAUGUUAGACUGGCGCACUGUGAGCCUUUUAUUGUCAAGCAAGACACAAACAAACUUAGCAACCACAGGGAACGUAGCAGUUCAAUAUCUGUGUUUUAAAUAAGUUAGAAUAUAAUAAAAUUUCAAAUUAUUAGUACAUAAAUUAUGAAUGAAAUCCAACCCUAUGAUCUCAAAGACGAAUUCACGGCAGAUCUGCAACACCGAUGUCAACCAUUUCACCUGGAGUGGAUCUUUGGUUUCAAUCCACGAGUUCCUCUGGCGAACGUCACCGUCCAGCGGACUGCCACGGAAUUGGUGAUGGCUUCAGGAAAUGCAAUCAUUUUCUACAAAUUGGAAAACCAAACUGAAACCGCGUACACUUUAGUUGGACAUAAAACACUUAUCAACACAAUAAUUUCUGACGGUACUGGUCGCUUCAUAGUAUCAUCUGACAGCACCUACAGUAUCAAUGUUUGGGAUCGAGAAAUCAAUCCUGGUGCGGCUCCCGUUGCUAUCCGGACAAUUUAUGAACCCUUUAAAGAGCAGGCCGAAAUCAACGCGAUUGGACUCAGCCAUGAUGGACGUUAUCUGGUAGCGGCUUGUAGUGGCUCGCAGAAUCUACUAAAAUUGUGGCAGUGGACUAUCGGAAACGAUACUCCCGACGACUGUGUCGAGCUCCCCACUCGCUUGGGAAAAACGAAAAACAUAUACUUUUGCGCGGAUCAUGGAAAGAAAAACCAUUUUGUCGUGACUCUAGAAAAUGGAAUCAUGUUCGGUUGUUUCGAUUCUCGUAGCCAAAAACUGCUGAUCGAUGUGCCUAAAAAGCAUGGUUUUCAGGAUUAUAAUGAUUCAGUUUUUGUGUGCGACAGCCCGCGAGCAGUUUCUGUAACGGGUGCUGGGAUGGCAAUCAUUUGGAGUGACGAACAGAAGGUCGAGGCUCCCAUUAAGAAACAGUUUCUGAAAUAUCUCCAUUUGAAGUACGCAUCGAUUAACGUCAUUCGUUGCUGCGAUCAGAAGCUGGUUACCGGUGACGAUGAUGGUGAGAUUCGGUUCUACGAUAGCCAAAUGAGAAUUCUGUACUGGUUCAAACAGGAAGACCCCGAGCCGAUAAGAACCAUCUCGUUUAAUAUUUUCCCUAGGAAAUAUGUACUUGAUGGAGGGCACCAUCAAACUCAAAAUGAAGACACCGAAAUUCUCUCGCCCGAUUCAGUACCACAUGAUGUGUCGUUGGAAGGACAUCCGGUUAUCGUCAGAAACUUUGUAAUGUCCACCAAAGCUGGACGCACGUUCCAGAUCGAUAUAGUUCAGAACAAAAUACAGGAAUUAUAUUAUCCAUCUGGAAGUAUUAUUACUGCAUUCGCUGUCCACCCGAAUGAUUCCCAGCUGUGUUGUUGUGAUGGUAAUGGCAGAAUGACAAUUUAUGAUUCGAUUGGAAAGCAAGCAAUCAUGAGCCUAUCAGUACCCAUCCAACGGACCCGUCGUGGGCGUAUAACAGUUUUGAGCUAUUCUCCCUGUGGAAUAUAUCUUGCUGGUGGAGCAGAAAACGGAUACAUUUGGAUAAUAAAUCCAGCGACGAUGAUCAUCAAUGCAAAUAGUCCUCUACAAUUUGGCAAUGAGAAAAUUUGCCAGCUCGUUUUUUCUCCGGAAUCUCGGUUUAUUGUCUUCACUGUCGAUGAUGGCGGUAUCGGUUUACUGGAGCGCGAAAACGAUUACUGGCAGCUGAUCGGAAAAAGUGUCACCCACAGAGUGGUUGACAUUAUUUUCACUUCGGACACAAGAUUCCUCACCAUUGGAGAUGAUAGACACCUUGUCGAGUACAUUAUUGAGCUGAAAUAUAACUCCCAGAUGGAUUGUCUGCUUAUCGGUGAGCGCUUUAGACUGGAGCAAUCAGCUCACACGGUUUCGAUGAUGCUGCUGUCAACUGAACGAUUACUGGUGGCGAACGAUCAAUUCAAGUUCAAAAUAUACAGUCUACAUACGUUCGACAUCAUGCAUACUUAUCUGGCACCGUUUAGCGAUGGACCCGUUCGGAGUUUGUUUUUACUUCCCGGUGAACAUUUCUUCACAUUCAUGACCGAUAAAAACAUUUACAUUCACCAACUGCCUGUAGAUGGAAAUCCUUACAGAUUCAUGGGAAUGUUUGGUCAUCCCAAGAAGCUGAAAUCCUUACGAACAAUGAAGGAUCGGUACAUGUUUUGCUACGGCGAUGGGGAUCAUGGUGUCAGCAUGUGGAAAAUCAACACCCUUUCACUGCUUGAAAAUCAGAAGCAUUGUGGAACUGGGCUAGAUCCGUACUGUACACUUCUCCCUGGUGGUAAGACGGGAUGCUAUGUUAAGGAGAUGCUCAGCUUGUUCUUUUACAACCAAAUUUCACCGAAGCAUACAGAGGAAGACACGGAAAUUUCGAUACGAGACGCGAUGGACAGACGAGACGUUCCGAACUAUAUGAGAAGUAUUGGAUUCUAUAUGACCCAAUUUGAGGAAGAUAACCUGAUGAAGGAAAUUGAACUGCAGGGUGCUUACUUCCUAACGUUCGAGGAGGUGGUAAAACUAUUCCUCAACCAUCGCACUCUAGCAAACCCAAGCUGCGAGGACAUUCGGACGGCGUUGACUUACCUUACAAGGGGUGCAUUCGAUUCAGUUGAUCUAACAGCAUUCAGUCAGCUGCUGGCCACCGUUGGAGAACGAAUCGAUCCCAAAUCGCUGGAUUUUUACGGUACGAUUUUGUUCCCCGAAUAUUGCCCCAGCGAUAAGUCGCCACUUGCCGGGGAAGAUUCUGUUGGGGUUUUUAUUCCGAUCGAUGAGUUUCUGGAGAAAUUAUGCUGAAUCGAAACACAAGCGUUCUAGGAAAAUCACUUAUCAAAAUAAAACUUUUUGGAUGAAAAUAUAACUUAACAACUAGCAGUGAAUGGUGUGACACCCGCACAGUGGAAGCUAACUAUUGGCUUCUAUGGCAUACGAAAAAAACUGUGUUCAAGAGUGGAUACAGGGUUGGCUCUACGACAGUCUAUUUCCUUAGUUUUUGUAUAAGCUACAUCCAUAUGGUAGCGUGGAGUGUUAGGAAUGGAAGAAUUCUAAUCACUUUUCAGAAGUAAGUGAAUGUGCUUGCAGAAUGCAUUUAUAAUAGAUGCGCGGACAGAAAAUAAAUCCUUUUGUAGCCUUU